GACAUCAGACGGUAACAAGCAACGGUUCAGACGAGAACAGGUCGCCCCGCUGCAGAGGGUAGCAAUCCUAGAGAUUUCCGUUGCUAGUUGUGGUAGGACCUGCCACCUCCAUCAGGUGGCUCGCGAGUGGUUCAUUGGACUUUGUCAGUGCUGGGUGUCGAGAGCGGAAAGGAAAAGUGAAAUUGGACUGAACUUUGAGCGUUGAAACCGGUUAUUCGUGGAACGCGAAAUAUCCUACGGAUGUUUGAAGAAGAUAAUUUUCCGGCUCAUUUGUUUAUUAGAUGAUUAGAAACAAUCAUUUCGCAAAUCGCUUAGCAAAUGUGCGUGUGUGCGUGUGCGCGUGUACGAAGUGAACAGUUUCCUCUGACCAUUUCCAAGCAUCGACUACAUUUUAGUCCAGUUGUGCAUUCGAUAGCUACUGCUUUUUAGUUACCCACCGAAUUCCCGCCAUCUUCCGAAGGAACUCGCAAGUAAAAGAAAAUAAUAAGCCUCCAUGAGAAGCUGCACAAUUUUUCGAGCGUGCAUUCGAAUAUGUAUAGCUUAGCCUGUUCGAUAAUGGUCGAAAUAACGUAAAACCCCACCAGUGCAAUGGCGCAGGAUGCAGAACGAAACUAAAGGUGAACUUUUUCGUAACAUCCUGAGCACAGUGCUGAUACCUGCAGCAGAUGCUACAUACGAGCGCACAUGGAUAUGAUUCCUCCGGCAAUAAUCAUACUAUUACGCGAUCAUCGGCAGCAUGACAAACUCGCUCCGUGAGAAGGUUAUUCGCCGCUGGCGUACGGUCGGGAAUAGACAGAUGUUUCGUGCGUUUGGUUGAUAGAGGUGACUAUCGAUAAGCGUACGUAUCCUUGAGCAGAUUCACAGAGGAACGUUACGAAAAUUUACAAGUUAUUGAAAGGACUGUGUGAGAUAAAAAAUUUAAUCCAUGGAUAUACUGCAGAGAAAGAUGAUUGUAUACAGUGUGCUUUUGUUUAGUAUUAUUUGGUGUUUUAUUGAGUGCAAUGAUAUCAUCAAUUCUAGUAGCAAAGAAACAUCGCUGCCUGCGAAAAACACUGUGAUGGCGGUAUUCAGCCCGAUGACCAAAUCUCCAGGACCGUGCCGCUAUUUAUCUGGAACGCGAAAGCAGAAUCACCAAUGUCGCAGAGAUGUAGGACUGCCGGAAGCCAUCAAAGAAGCUCGCCGGCUAGCCGUCACGCAUUGCGAGGAACAAUUCCGUUACGACCGUUGGAACUGCUCGAUCGAAACGCGAGGAAAGCGAAACAUUUUCAAAAAGGUUUAUCGCGAGACAGCUUUCGUACAUGCCCUCACGGCAGCAGCAAUCACACAUUCAGUGGCGCGUGCUUGCGCCGAAGGGAAAAUGUCCAAAUGUCAGUGUGCUUCUGAAAAACGUCCUGAAGCGACUCGGCUAGCUUGGAAAUGGGGCGGAUGCAGCGACAAUGUAAAGCAUGGUAAGCGUGUUACGCGGAAUUUUUUGGAGCUGCAACCAGCCGAUGGCGAUCCGGUGGCCGAAAUGCUACGGCAUGAUAGUGAGGUUGGUAUUCACACAGUAAUGUCGACCAUGAAUGACCGCUGCAAGUGUCACGGAGUUUCAGGCUCAUGUUCGUUGAAAACCUGUUGGAGGAAGCUGGGCGAUUUCAACGCUACAGCAGCAAUGCUGAGAACCAAAUAUCAUCACGCCAUCAGAAAAAUUCCCAUCAACAACAAAGCCUCGAGGAGAGACGCUUCCAAAGAGUUGAGAGAAAAGGAUUCCUCGUAUGAACAACUCUACUACUUCGAGACAUCGCCCACAUUCUGUUCUGUUACGCGCGGUCGGCGGUGUCUGCAUCCGGACAACUGUGCCACACUGUGCUGCGGCCGUGGAUACACCACAAAAGUAAUCAAAACAAUCGAAAAGUGUCGCUGCCGGUUCACCAACGGACGCUGCUGCCAGAUAGUGUGCGAUUACUGCGAAAAAUACGACGAUCGAUAUUACUGUAAAUAAGUGACUGUAGAAUGCGACAAAAUACUUCAAACGAUGAUACUAAUAUAUAGUUAUUUAUUAUCCUAAAGCUUAAGUACUACUCUAGUAAUUAUGAUGCAAUUGUCGCGAAAAGUCGUUGUUUAUGCAUUAUUAUUUGCGAUGAAUAAUUCCAAGCUACUGUAUUCAUGUUGAUUUUUUCUUCCAAAAAAUAAUAUGGAUUAUUACAAUAGUGUGAAUAUAAUUAAUACUAGCUACCAAUAAGAUGGUUGAGAUAGGACUUACGGUUAAUUCACCCAUUUCACAACUCAUGUAAUCGUGUUUGUUGAAAGCUAUUACCUUGUACCUAGAUGCCGUAGUAAGUAGAAUACGCUGUAAUAAUAGGUUCUAUACAUUACAUAUACAAAAGUACGCAUGACUUGUAACAUUUAUCACUUGUCUAAUUCUGAUCAAGUAAAUAAAUUUCCGUGU